GUCAGUGAGGGUCUGCCGACACGCACAAAGUGACACUCCAGUCUUUAUUUAUUUUUGUCCCUGAGGGAUCACUUUUGAGUUGAGUGCACAUUCCGGCUGGAUAGAAGACAAGAGAUUCCCAGUCCCAGUCACUUCCCAAAUUUCACUGUUACAGAGGAAUCUUGUGAGCACAAGAACUCACCAGCACUGCAUACAGAAACAGCCUCCACCAUCAAGACGGCAAGAUGUGCACCCUGCUAGCUGCCGCACUUUGGAUAUCAAGCUUCUGGGUUUUGCACCUGAGUCCCGAGGCUGCCUCUAUUCACUUGGCUAUGCCACCUGCCGCCCCCCUCGCAGCUUCAUUCUUUGACUUGGAAGCCCCUUCAAAUGUCAUUCUGACAAAGGACGAGGCCCCAGGCAUGGCCGACGCCACAACCGCUUCAAGCGAUGUCUCCGUGACUACUCACCAAGAUGGGGAUGUAGUUAAUCCAAGUGCGCCGGUUACAGCCUCUGGAGAAAACAACUCCAGUGGCACUCAGGAUAAUUCGUCACUAAGCACCACCCUUGGACCCACCAACAGCCCCGUCGCUGCCCAGGGCAGCCAGCCAUUUCAAGAUCAGUCAUCAGCAAGCACCACACAAACAGCUGGUACAUCAGCCACAAAUCAAACCACCGUAGGAUCCAGUGACCAAAGCUCAGCACGUUCGACCGACGAAUCCACCACCGCGAGCAGUCAGGAUGGCACUGCGCAGAACACCACCCCUCGUCCUUAGAGUCUCCGUCUCACACCUUCAGCAAUUUCACAUUUAUCAAAGGUCCAACAACAGCAUACCAAUCAUAUAAUCUCUCACCUUCCACAUUUCCCAAGACAUCUGACAUGA